AUGCGGAGCAAAGGCUACGGCUUCAUCUACUACCGCGACGGCGCCAGCACCGAAGCCGCGCUGAAGGAGCUCAACGGAAAGGAGGUCCUGGGGCGGCGAAUUAAGGUUCGCUACGCCGGCCAGCAGCGCCCGGUUGACGACCUGCUCGAGGACAAACCCGCCAAGAACGCCGAGGAGGAGGACUUUAGCUACUACUUCUCCAUCCCACACCUCCUCACCAUGAUGAACACCAUCGUCGACCACGACGAGGAGAGCCUGACGGGGGGGCCGCGGCUGGUGGUGGCGCCGCCGCCCGAGGAGACCGGCAACCGAGGCAUCGGGGCCCUCACCAGCUUCCCAAAGCUUUUUGAGGAGAUGGUAGAAUCCUACACGGGCAACACCAGCUCACGUAGCCCCUCCACCCUGCCAGACGAGUGA